GAUGUUUGGUGGAUUUUCUUUGAUCUCUUCAUCUCCUUUUCAUCUACAUUUUUUACAACAGAGAGUCGUUAUUAUAAAUUAUUAUUACGAAAUGGCGAAAUCAGGAUAAUCAGAGCUCAAUUAUACGAUAGAAUGGAUGUUCUAGAAGGCUUACGUCGUUCUUCUAAAGGUCAGCUUCGAUAUGAUGUUAACUGGAGAUCAACUCAACUACAAGAAUGUUCUUCUCCGAAAAUUUCUUGUAAAUACUUGAAUGUCAUACGAGCACUGGAGGAUUCAGAAACAAAUGACAAUAUGUGUAAAGAUAGAAGGCUGGAAGAUUAUGAGUAUGAAACAAAAGAAGUCAGGAGCGUUGAUGAGAGAAAGAACUUGUUAAUUGCAAGGAGUGCAGCACAUGGUCCUGGAUAUUACGAUUCUACUCAUGUUAGUAUUCAUAGCUACGAGAAGGAAAAGAAACAAGAAGCCCAACAGAGGGUUGAAGAACGAAAAUCUCUCUUUGAGAUGCAUUCUGAGCACCUAAUGAAAGAAAAAAAGAGAGCUUUGCUGGCUAAUAUUGAAGAGAAGCACAACAAAAUUCUGGAGGGAAUUCAAAGCUUACAACUAGAAUUAAAAAACAAGGAGCUUGAAGUUUUGAAAUCUCAAAAAGAUCUUGAACUUAAUCACAAGAAAUCAGCAAUUAGAGCAUCUGAAAAAGUGCGGCAUGUCGAAGAAAUGAAGCAAAAACUAAUUGAAGAAGAAGAAAGAAACAAGAGAGAAAUGUCCUCUCUACGUAGCUGUUGUGAACAAGUCCAAGACAUUUACAAGGAAUUAGUAACCGUUGUUAAAACUUGUCAAUAUCAGGAUCAUCUGCCUUCAAACACAGCCACUAUCACAGAUGAGGCACAAAAAGUUCUGAGCUUGUCUAUCAACACUUUUUCUGACUCUAAUGCACUAGGCAAAGCAGUUGACGGUGCUCUUCAACACUUACCUGAAUACUUGGAUAUUAUGAAAGCAUUACUAUCUAAAGCAAAAAAAGCUGCUAGUGAAGCUGAGUCAAAGGCUAAGAAGGAACUAGCAGAGAAAGAAGCCAAAAGAAAAGAGGAAGAAGAGAAAAGGAAAAAAGAAGAGGCAAAAAAAGAAGAGGAAAAGAUAAAGUUGCAAGAGAGUUCAGCAAAGAGUGCGGCUGUACCACAACAUCUCUCCAACUGCAUAUCAAGUACUUCAUUCAAGGUAUAUACCAAACUAGAAAAUCUUUUAGAGAAAACUGAAAAGUCCUUUGAAGUGCUAUCAACAAGCAAAGACCAGUCAGUAAAGAAAGUAAAGUUAGACCUUCAGCGUGCUGUAACUACUCCAAUCAACACCAUAUCUGACCGAUCACCAGUACACUUGAUGGAAAAGAUUACGAAGUUAUCAAACCUUCUUCAUGGACAACAAAUUGAACUCUCAGGGAAGCCAUUCUCCACUUCUGUUCACCCAUGUGCUCCGGUAUAUUGUUCUAACUUGGUUGCCAAGAAGAUAGUACAACAAGGAUCUCAACAGGUUUCCUCCAAUCACAAUGCAGCAUUCCCAAUAGCUACUGUUGCAAUAGGGAUUUGGUCUGCUUUUCCUGAUGUCGGAGAUCUUAUUUUAGCUCAUUUUUACAAGCAAUGCCCUUUUCUUGUUCCACUUUACAUUCCACAAGCCGAGGGAAUGUCUGAUGCUGAUUACUUUCAAAGUCUUGGGUAUGUUUGUCAAGAUGGUGAAAUUGAGCCACGUGAUAAAUACUUGAAGCGCAUAUCAGGAACUAUAAGACUGUAUGCAGCCAUUGUUUCAUCCUUGCCUCCAAAGGGAUCAUCUCCAAACCAUCCCCAUGGUAUUGCUUAUGGGUGGAUGUGGCUGGCAAGAAUUCUUAACCUCCCUCCUAAAGCAGACUACACUGCUACAGCAAUCUUUGAAUUCCUUGAUGUAGCUGGACAUGCUCUAUUGAAACAGUAUCGCAUUCAGUUCUGGAAGCUUGUUCUUGUCCUCAUAAGAGAAUUAUUGCCAAAAAUUGAGCAAAUAACUGCACCUUCACAAAGUGGACCUGUCGUAAGACUGAAAAGCUUUCUAGAAAAAGCUUAUCGAUCAAGAUCAAUGCAAAUUCCUGAAGGUUACCUCAGCCCAGACUGGUGGUUUUCAUCAGGGGUUUCAGGGAUUUAUGGGACCUAGUUAUCAUAGCUUUUAAUAUGUAAUUCAAGUAGAAUUUGAAUUAUAAGAAAAGGUGUUUCUCCUGAGAUUCAAAUAACGACUUCUUACUGUUUGCUCUUUCUCAACUGAAAUUGCUUGAAGCCCCAAAUUUAGUUUAGAACUUAAUUAUAAAGGGUUUAUGAGUUUGAUAUAUGACCAAUUGAUGCUUUCAAAACUGUAGAACACCAAGGGAGGCUUAGAAAGGGAAAUAUUUUAAAGAAAACUAGCAUUUAAGAAAAAAAAAUUUGAUUCUAGCUUUAUUCAAAUUUAGCAAAUAUCUUACACUGUAGGUCACUAGAUCUGUGGAUUGUUCAAUGAGUAUAUUUUAAAACUAGCACUACAGCUAUAUGAAAAAGGGGUUUGUUCAUCUACUGAAUGAAAAUUUUAAAUGAAAAAAAAAACAUGCUAAUGUUAUAAACCUAUAACAUUCCUUUAUUCCUCCCUUCUUUACAAAAAGAUAACGGUAGACACCUUUAGCUUGGGCAUUUGUUUUGCCCAUUUCAAACCAUUUCCAUCCAAAGAAAGGAAUGAUACUCAAAGGUCUAUUAAGCUGAACUUAGUUCCAGCAAUGAACAAAACACAAAAAUGUAGAUAAAGGACAUUCUUGAGCUUUCAAAAAAUGCAAUUUACCUUAAUAUUCAAAACUUAUUUUUACAUGUACAACACCAGAAAAGACCCAAAGCUAACUAUAAAAAUUUUUGAUUGCCUAGUUGGACCAAUCCUGCUUUAUCGUGGUGAAAUCUGGGGCAUAGAUGAUAAAGGGACAUUAAAAAAAGACCCUAUUGAAGCAGUCCAUGUCAAAUUUUGCAAGAUGCUCCUACUAGUAAAUAAAAAGACAAGUAAUAAUG